CUGGUGCAGAUCAGUUGCUGGCGUGCGCUCUAACCCUGCGGGUGUGUGGUGAUCGUGAUUGUUGAUCCGUUGAUCGUGCAAGGAUAUCGAGCACAAUUCUUAAAUUCUGCCCCCCGUUAAUAUUUCUUGUUGUCGUCGUCCUUGUUGGCAAUGCGCAAGCGCAAAGUGCAAACAAAUGUUCGAGUUCAUUGUGAUAAGUGUGCCAAAUAAUUAAAACUCAAGUGAGAAACAUUUCAAGUGGCAAAGAGUGAACAUUCCACAUACCCAAUAUAUACUAUAUACAUACCAUACAAACACAUUUACAUAUAUAUAUAUAUAGUCUACACAUUUGUGUGUUGUUUGUCCAAGAAAUUCGUGAAGGAGGAGCGCCAAACGCUGUCGAUUAAUACAAAUCAGCAGCGAAAUGGAUUUAUCGAGGCGGUUGCGCUCAACUGCCUUGGUAGCAUUCAUUGUCCUAAUUGGCAUACAGAACACAGAAAGUAGAUUCCCUGGACUACGCGCUAAAAGACAGUAUGGUGCACAAUUGUAUUUGCCCGGUAGCUAUGUGACGCCCGGUGGCGAGGGUGAUGAUCCCAACGAGUGGACAGCCUGGAGCUCCAGCUCCGACUGCUCCCGCACCUGUGGUGGCGGUGUCUCCUACCAGACGCGCGAGUGCCUACGACGAGACUACAAUGGCGAAGCUAUGUGCAGCGGUGGCAGUCGUCGUUACUAUUCGUGUAACACGCAGGAUUGCCCCGAGGAGGAGGCUGACUUUAGGUCGCAGCAAUGCUCACGCUUCAAUGACAAAAAAUUCGAUGGUGUCCUCUACGAGUGGGUGCCCUACACUAAUGCAGCCAAUCCCUGUGAGCUAAACUGCAUGCCGCGUGGCGAACGCUUCUACUAUCGCCAGAAGGAGAAGGUCGUCGAUGGCACACGGUGUAAUGACAAGGACUUGGAUGUCUGUGUGAAUGGAGAGUGCCUGUCCGUCGGCUGUGACAUGAUGCUGGGAAGCAACGCCAAGGAAGACAAAUGUCGAAAGUGCGGCGGUGAUGGUAGCACUUGCAAGACCAUUGACAACAACUACAGCUCCGGUGAUCUCGCUGCGGGUUACAAUGAUUUGCUGCUCAUACCUCAAGGAGCAACGAAUAUACGCAUUCAGGAAUCGACGCCAUCCAAUAAUUAUUUGGCCUGUCGCAAUCAGACGGGACACUAUUAUCUGAACGGUAACUGGCGCAUUGAUUUCCCGCGUCCCAUGUUCUAUGCGAGCGCUUGGUGGAAUUAUCAACGUAAACCGAUGGGAUUUGCUGCUCCUGAUCAGUUGACUUGUAGUGGUCCCAUUUCUGAGAGUAUCUACAUUGUUAUGCUCGUACAGGACAAGAACGUAAGCGUGGACUAUGAGUAUAGUAUUCCUGAAUCAUUGAGCCACAGUCAACCCGAUUCGCAUACAUGGACACAUCGUGAGUUUGGGCCAUGCAGUGCACAAUGCGGUGGUGGCACACAGUCACGUCAGGUUAGCUGUCACAAUCGCAUUAACUUGCAAGAAGUUGAUGCUGCUCUUUGUGAAGCAGAGUCUAAGCCAGCCGAGAGUCAAGUUUGCGGCACGGAGCCUUGUGCUCCCCACUGGGUAGAGGGCGAAUGGUCAAAGUGCUCAAAGGGCUGUGGUUCGGAUGGCUUCCAAAAUCGCACUGUCACCUGUGAACGUAUUUCUUCUGAUGGUACUCAUACGUCGGAAGAUGAUGCCGUCUGUCUGAAGGAAGUCGGCAACAAGCCGGCAACGGCUCAGGAGUGCAAUCGUGAUGUCAAGAAUUGUCCAAAAUAUCAUUUGGGUCCCUGGAAGCCAUGCGAUAAGUUGUGUGGUGAGGGUAAGGAAACCAGAAAGGUUACAUGCUUCAUCAAAGAAAAUGGACGCAAGCGAGUUUUGCCUGAUGAGGAUUGUGUGGAAGAUAAGCCCGAAGAGGAGAGACCUUGCCUGCUAACACCCUGUGAGGGCGUCGAUUGGAUCGUAUCCCAGUGGAGUGGAUGCGAAGCUUGCGGUCAGGAUACUGAAACUCGAACUGCUAUUUGUGGCUCUAAGAAUGGAAAGGUCUAUCCAGAGAAGUUCUGUGGAUCCAAAGCUCCAGAGCUAUCGAGAUCGUGUACUUCAUCGAAGUGUGACUCUCAAUGGUUCACAUCUGAAUGGAGCAAGUGCUCAGCCGCGUGUGGAAAAGGUGCUCAGUCCCGUAUUGUCAUGUGUGGAGUUUUUGAUGGCAAAGGUAUUAAGACGGUUGACAAUUCUAAGUGUGAUGCAGCUACGAAGCCUGAAGCGAAGCAGGAAUGCGAAGGCGAGGCGAAGGAAUGUCCUGGACAAUGGUUCACGGGUCCGUUCGGUCAUUGUAGCAAGCCUUGCGGUGGCGGUGAACGCGUUCGUGAGGUAUUGUGCCUAUCCAACGGCACCAAGUCCGCCAAUUGUGAUGAAUUGAAGGUCCAAUCGAUUUCCGAAAAAUGUAAUACUCAGGCAUGCACCAAGGAUCAAGUUCUACCAGUCAGUAGUACUGAUAAACCCAUUGAGGAUGAUGAGGAAGAAUGUGCUGAUGAUGAAUUCGAGUUAAUCUCAAGUGAUGUAAUAGAUGAAACCAAGGUCACUGAAUCUGUUGAUCUUGAUGAUGUUACCGAUACGAUGGCUUCGCUUUCAACUGACGAUUUGAUGUUGAGUGAUAGUCCAUAUACGUCUUCAGGAGACUCCUCUGAUACAACAGAAAGCACCGUUGAAGGUUCAGGCUCAGAAUCUACUUCAGAGAGCAGUAUUUCGACUGAAGGCAGUGGAGAUGAAGAAUCCAGUUCAAGCUCUACAGAUGUAUCAGGAUCAACAGAAGCUUCAAGCUCCACAGAUGUUUCUGGUUCGACUGAAGUGUCAGGAUCAACUGAUGCUUCAAGCUCAACAGAUGCUUCAAGCUCUACUGACGCUUCCAGCUCUACUGACGCUUCCAGCUCUACUGACGCUUCCAGCUCUACUGACGCUUCCAGCUCUACUGACGCUUCCAGCUCUACUGACGCUUCCAGCUCGACAGAAUCUUCCAUUUCAACUGAAAUAUCAGGUUCUACGGAGGCCUCAGCUUCAACAGACGCAUCCAGCUCAACAGACGCAUCUAGCUCAACAGACGCAUCCAGCUCAACAGACGCAUCUAGUUCAACAGACGCAUCCAGCUCAACAGACGUCUCCGGUGCUACUGAAGGAUCAGCCUCGACUGAGGUUUCAGGAUCAACAGAAGUCUCUGGUUCAACGGAAGUGUCAGGUUCUACCGAAGCGCAAGGUUCAACCGAUGCAUCUACCGAUACAUCAGGAUCCACUGAAGUUGCAGGAUCAACUGAAGAGUCAAGCUCGACUGCAGAGUCAGGCUCAACAGAUGUUUCAGGAUCCACUGACGAUUCUACAGACACAACAGUUUCUGGAUCAACGGAUUCAAGCGAUUCAACGUCCGAUUCAUCAACUUCCACUGAUAGCGCGAGCAGUAGUCAAUCAGAAUCAUCGACAGAAUCAACAGAAACGACUGUUUCAUCAUCAACAGAAAGCACCCCUGAAACUUCAUCAGAAUCAACCGAAUCAACAGUUUCCUCAUCCACUGAUUCCACAACUGAAAGUUCGACAGAUACUUCAAGAAAGUCGUCCGAAGGAACAAGUGGGGUCACUGAAACAACUGAUGGCUUAUCAGAUAGCACCGAAAAAGAAGGAUCUUCCGAAAGUACACCUUUGGAAGGUUCAACCGAUGCAUCGUCAAAUGGAUCAACUGAAAGCUCUACUGUCGGAUCGUCUGACAUCACCACCGAGAGCUCAACAGAUGGUUCCUCUGAUGGUUCUUCUGAUGGCUCCACCGAUGGUUCGACUGAUGGCUCAACCGAUGGCUCAACCGAUGGUUCAACCGAUGGCUCAGAAUCGACAGAAUCGACGAUCACACAAGGCUCUGAAUCUACUGACAGUACCUCCGAAGGGGCAAGCACCGGCUCAACUCUUGAAGGUAGCACUGAGGAUGGCAGCUCCAGCUCGUCGGAUAGUUCUGGCUCUACUGACGUCUCUGAAACAACUGAGUCUGCUGGAUCAACUGAUUCUUCCGUAUCGACAGAUUCUAUCUCCACAGUCUCUCCCGAUACCACGGGAUCUACCGAAGUUACCUCGUCUGUCUCUGACAUCUCUUCAAUUAGCGAUUCGACUUCAACAACUGAAAGUGGACCUACAACCGAAAGCGGAGCUACGACCGAAAGUGGGGCUUCUACGGAAAGUGGCGCCACUACUGAAAGUGGAGCUACUUCCGAAAGUGGAGCUACUACCGAGAGUGGUGGUACCACUGAGACAACCGAAAGUGGACCUACUUCUGAAUCAACAUCAGAAGGUUCCACUGACAGUUCCCUGUCAACCGAGGAAGAAACCACCAACGAUAUCUGGAGUUCUACAGAUUCAAGUUCUUCACAUACUUGGGAGACUACGCUUACACCUGAUAAGGAGUCAUUACGUAAAUGUAAGUCCAAGAAGAAGAAUUGUGACAAGUCAGAGUUUGGUUGCUGUCCCGAUGGUAAAACAACAGCUAAGGGUCCAUUCGAUGAAGGUUGUCCUAUUGCGAAAACUUGCGCUGACACCGAAUUUGGAUGUUGUUCGGAUGGAGUUUCUCCAGCCGAAGGCAAAAAGAACAAAGGAUGUCCCAAAUCCGCUUGUGCGGAGACACUUUUCGGUUGUUGCCCAGACAAAUAUACUGCAGCUGAGGGCGAAGAUGAUGAGGGUUGCCCAGAGCCAACAACACUGCCACCAACAACGACAACAGAAGCAACAGAAGGUGAAACCACAACAGAAUUUGAUGGUUCAGGUUCUGGUGACACUUCAAUCUCAACAGAAGCCGAUACCGCUGUUACGUCCUGCGCCUUUACAGAGUUCUCUUGCUGUCCAGAUGGUAAAACUCCUGCCAAGGGUGAAAACUUUGCAGGCUGCGAUGAGCCAGAAAGUCGCCAGGGUUGUGAAAAAUCACAAUACGGUUGCUGUCCUGAUCGUCGUACACCUGCAGCAGGUCCUAAUGGUCAAGGAUGUGCCGCUUGCACAGCCGAACCCUUCGGUUGCUGCCCGGACAACGAAACUCCUGCUCAUGGUCCUCAAUACGAGGGUUGCUGCAUUAAUUCACGAUUUGGUUGCUGUCCCGACAACAUUCGCCCUGCUUAUGGCGAGAACUUCGAGGGUUGUGAGUGCGAACGUUCGCCCUAUGGUUGUUGCCCUGACCAGAAGACCUCAGCGCGAGGCCCUCAACUGGAGGGAUGUCAAUGCGAAACCACACCGAACGGUUGUUGUCCCGACAAGAUUACUGCUGCUCAAGGACCCAAGUUCGAGGGUUGCCCAUGCGAGACAAUGCAAUUCGGUUGCUGCCCCGAUGGUCUUUCCUUUGCUCGAGGACCACAUAACCAGGGAUGUCAUUGCGCCCAGUCCGAGUUCAAAUGCUGCGAGGAUGGCAAGACGCCAGCAAAGGGACCCAACUUUGAGGGAUGCACCUGCGUUGAGACUCAGUUCGGUUGUUGUCCAGAUGGUAUUACCAAGGCGCUGGAUGAUAAAUUCGGAGGCUGUGAGAAUGUUCAAGAGCCUCCUCAAAAGGCUUGCGGCCUGCCCAAGGAGCAAGGUAGCUGCGGCAACUUUAGCGUCAAGUACUACUUUGAUACUUCCUACGGAGGCUGUGCUCGAUUCUGGUAUGGAGGUUGUGAAGGCAAUGGCAAUAGAUUUGAGACCGAAGCUGAAUGCAAGGAGUCCUGCCAGGAAUAUACCGGACAACAUGUGUGUCUGUUGCCGAAGAGCUCUGGCCCCUGCCAGGUGUUCUCCAAGAAGUGGUACUUCGAUUCGGAUCGCAAUCGCUGCGAAGAAUUCCAAUACGGAGGAUGCUAUGGUACAAACAAUCGUUUCGAUACCCUCGAGGAAUGUCAAGGCACUUGUGCGAUCAGCGAAACUCUGCCACCUUGUGAGCAGCCUGAAGAGAGCGGACCCUGCAACGGAAACUUUGAACGUUGGUUCUAUGACAACCAGACCGAUGUUUGUCGUCCCUUCCGCUAUGGCGGCUGCAAGGGCAAUAAAAACAACUAUCCUACCGAACAUGCCUGCAGCUACAGCUGUCGCCAACCAGGAGUGCUUAAAGAGCAAUGCUCAUUGCCUAAACAAACCGGUGAUUGCAGCGAGAAGCAUGCCAGAUGGCAUUUCUCGGAAACAGAGAAGCGUUGCUUGCCUUUCUACUACACGGGUUGCGAUGGCAACAAGAACAGUUUUCCCACAUUGGAAUCAUGCGAGACUCAUUGUCCCCGGCAAGUUGCCAAGGACAUUUGCGAUAUUCCCGCUGAUGUCGGUGAGUGUGCCAACUACGAAUUUGCCUGGUACUACGAUACCAAGGAGACAGCCUGUCGUCAAUUCUAUUAUGGUGGUUGUGGCGGUAAUGAGAAUCGCUUUGCCACCGAAGAAGCUUGUUUGGCCCGCUGUGAGAAGAAACCUGAGCCACCAACGCCGGCGCCAGCGCCAGCAGAGAGCAGUGUGGAUGUCUGUGAUCAGGCAGAGGAUCGCGGCGAAUGUGACCGUUAUACUCUUAAAUGGAUAUUUGAUAAAUCGAGUGGUGUCUGUCGUCAGUUCUAUUAUGGCGGCUGUGGCGGCAAUGGUAAUCGUUUCGAAACCGAAUCUGAUUGUCAGCAACGUUGUGUACCACGAGAACCGGAAGUGCAACCAGAACAUCGUCCACAAGAACCUAAAGCUCAGCCCUCGGGCAACUUAUGUGAACAACCAGCCGCUGUGGGUGAUUGUGACCAGUAUGUACUCAAGUGGAACUAUAACUCAACAGCGGGUCAAUGCCAGCAGUUCUAUUAUGGCGGCUGUGGCGGCAACGACAAUCGCUUUGAGACGGAACAAGAAUGCGCUGAACGUUGUACUGCUAGCGUAGAGGAAGAACCACGUCCCGAUGAUAACACGAUCAAGUGCUCUAGACCCUUGGAUGCUGGCAAUUGCAAUGAUAACAUUACACGCUGGUACUAUAACCAUCAGGAAGGACUUUGCGAUGAGUUCGUCUACUCCGGCUGCGGUGGCAAUGAGAACAACUAUGCCACCGAAGAGGAGUGCGAGAAUGAAUGCAAUGCUGUGCACGACACUUGCGCUCUUCCCCCGAUACGUGGUCGCUGUAAUGACAUCUCACGUCGCUGGUACUUCGAUGGACGCACCGGCGGCUGUCACGAAUUCGAGUUCACCGGUUGCCGAGGCAAUCGCAACAACUUCGUAUCGGAAAGACUCUGCUUGGAGUACUGUCGUCGUGAUCUGGUGCAACCAGAGCCGCAACCAGAGCCGCAACCAGAACCACAACCUCCAACUUACUCGGUUUGCACACAAGCUCCAGAGGCUGGUGAAUGCGACAAUCAUACGGCAGCUUGGUUCUACGAUAGCGAGAGAAUGGCUUGUACUGCCUUCAGUUAUAGCGGCUGUGGUGGAAACGGUAAUCGAUUUGAGACCCGUGAUCAGUGCGAGCGCCAGUGCGGCGAAUUCAAGGGAGUUGACGUUUGCAAUGAGCCGGUGACAACGGGACCCUGCACUCAAUGGCAGACCCGUUACUACUUCAAUGCCCAAAGCCAAUCUUGUGAGCCCUUCACAUAUGGUGGCUGCGAUGGUACUGGAAAUCGUUUCAAUGACCUCUAUGAGUGCGAAACGGUUUGUUUGGCUGGCCGAGAGCCACAGCAAACGGGUGUGACCAAAGAUAUCUGCCGACUGCCGGUGGUCAUCGGUCGUUGCAACGGACCGGCAGUGCAGGAGCGUCGUUGGUUCUAUAAUGAUGAGCAAGGCACCUGUGUGUCCUUUAUUUACUCGGGUUGUUCGGGCAAUCAAAACAAUUUCCGUUCAUUUGAAGCAUGCACAAAUCAAUGCGGAAAUCCUGUCAACAAUGAAGUUCCACAGGGCGUCCCAGAGAAUCGCUGUGAACAAUACGACAACGAAUGCCGCGAUAGGCGCUGCCCAUAUGGAGUGCGUCGUCAGCCAGCCGCAUCGCAACCUGAAUGCGAGGAAUGCGUCUGUGAAAAUCCUUGCGAUGGCCACUCAUGCCCCGAAACCCAGCAAUGUACUAUUGAUGUGUCCAACAGCGGUGACCAGUUCGUGGCCAUCUGCCGCGAUAUAAACAAGCCUGGAAUCUGCCCACAACUGCAGGCGAAUGCCAGCAACUGCAACCGCGAAUGCUACACCGAUGCCGACUGUCGCGGUGACAACAAGUGCUGCAGCGAUGGCUGCGGAUUCCUCUGUGUGCGUCCAGCACGUCCCACACAACGACCAAACACUCCAGCGCCAGCUGUCAUCUAUCCGGGUGAGGUCAAGGCUACAUUGGACCACAAGGAACCUGAGGAACUCGACGUACAGACCUCGAUUGGUGGUAUUGCUGUGCUGCGCUGUUUUGCCGCUGGCAAUCCGGCACCCAAUAUUACCUGGUCUCGAAAGGAUGUGGUGAUUGAUACCAACCAAGGCCGCUAUGUGCUCACCUCUAACGGUGAUUUGACCAUCGUCCAGGUGCGCCAGACGGAUGACGGCACCUAUGUGUGCGUGGCCAGCAAUGGACUCGGCGAGCCAGUGCGUCGCGAGGUUUCACUGCAAGUAACAGAACAACGAAAUAUUCCCGUCUACAUCUAUGGGGAGCCAAAUGUCACACAAAUUGUGCAAUUUAAUCACCCCGCGUUGAUUCGCUGCCCGGCUGGCGGCUACCCGGCACCACAUGUUGACUGGUGGCGCAAUAACAAACGCAUUGGCCUUGGCAGUGAUCCUGGCCAGAUGAAUCCCGAUUAUUCGCUGUUCUUCCGCUCUAUUCAGCUCACGGAUCUUGGUGAAUACAGCUGCGAGGCAUACAAUGAGGGACGCCCAGUCUCAUUGCGUGUGACCCUCAAGGCAGUUGGUCCAGCUCGUGCUUUGAAUAAUGAGCAAGCCAAAUACUUGCAAUAUGUUAUUGACCCCGCUACCGCGCCAGUCACUCAAAGACCCACAUAUCCCUAUAGACCACAACGUCCGGUCUAUGUGCCACCUCCGGUAGUGGAAACACCAAGAGUUAAUGCACAAACCGUGAUUGGCCUCGAUCCGCAAAACACCUAUACUCCCGGCUCGACAAUUGCCAUUGGAUGCUCCGUGCAGGGAUAUCCUACACCAAACGUAACCUGGGCCAAGGAUAACACACCUCUUUACAACAGCGAGCGUGUGCAAAUUAUAUCCACAGCGCAUCGUCUGGUUAUUAGCGACGUUAACGCCGAGGACUCUGGCAUCUAUAGCUGCACAGCCCGCAAUGCGUUUAGCUACCAUACUAGCCAAACAGAGGUUCACAUCGAAACUGUCGUCCCAGUAUCGCCGGACUGUAUCGAUAAUCCGUACUUCGCCAACUGCAAGCUGAUCGUACAAGGAAAGUACUGUGUUAACAAGUACUAUGCCCAGUUCUGUUGUAGAUCCUGCACAUUGGCUGGCCAGAUUGCGCAGGCUCAUCCCAAUGCGCUUUAUUAAUUCCAUACUACAACACUACCAACUACCAAAACCUAUCAAGCCAAGCAUCUUUGUUUGAUUUCUGCAUUGAAUUGAGUUUAAACCAGGAAAGAAGAUGAGCAAGUUCACAAAGCCAGCAGAGAGACCAAAAAAAAAAUAAUAAUACAAUAAACAAAAAACCGCCAAUUUCAUAGCCAACAGAUCAACAAAAAAACAAAAAUAAUAUACAAAAACAAAUAAAAUAAUAUUUAAUAAUGAUAAAUAACGAACAGAGCUUACUUAGUAUCCUAUACGAAUAUUUCUUCCAGCACAAAAGAAAAUAGUAUUAGUAUUUUAUGUUUUUGUUCCUAUUUAUUUCUCGAUUUAAAUUCAAUCCAUAGAGACGAAAGUGGCUAAAAAACUUAUUUUCAUUUUAUAUAUUUUUUUAGUGUUUUUUCUAUACGAUAUUUGUGCAAACGAGUAAAGCAAUUUAAGUUUUUAAAAUAUUUGUAAAUAAAUUAAAAUUAUAUAAUAAAGAGAGU